AUUUCAAAGCGUGUAAAUUUUGUAAGAGAUCUGAAUCUACAAAAGCUCUCUUCUUUCUCUCAUAUCACAUAAACCCUAUCAAAAGAUCUUAAGAUCUCCUCUCUACAGAUUUCAUAAUCCAUUCACAUUAAUGGAUUUUCCAGUUAGGUGACUUCUACCCAUCAAUCUUUGCAUUAUUCAUUUGGUAGGGUUUCUUAUCUUCAAGACGCAGUUAGAUCGGUCAAGAAAAACCCAGAUAUAUGUCGGUGAUCAGGUCAUUUACUAUAGUUACAGUCUCAAUUCAUUAUCUUGUAAUGUGGGUUAAUCAAGUCUCAGUUUGAGAUUCAUUAAUAUCUUCAAUCGAUUUGUAUACAAUAUGGCUUCGAUUCGAUUGAACUCAUCGAAACAGUAUUAUGCGACGAGCAGUCUUGUUUUAGGUUAUGCUCUCUGUUCUAGCUUACUUGCUGUGAUAAACAAGUACGCUAUUACUAAAUUCAAUUACCCUGGUCUCCUUACUGCUUUACAGUAUCUUACAUCAGCUUUAGGUGUAUGGGUUUUCGGCCGUUUAGGGUUUUUGCAUCAUGAUGCAUUCUCACUUGAAACUGCUAAGAAAUUCCUCCCUGCUGCAACUGUUUUCUACUUGGCAAUCUUCACAAACACGAAUCUUCUUCGUCAUGCAAAUGUGGAUACUUUCAUCGUUUUUCGAUCAUUGACUCCCCUUUUGGUUGCUAUCGCUGAUACAAUGUUUAGAAAACAACCAUGUCCUUCCAAGCUUACGUUUUUGUCACUUGUAGUCAUUUUGAGUGGUGCAGUUGGAUAUGUUGCUACUGAUUCGGCUUUUACCUUGACUGCUUAUUCAUGGGCAUUGGCUUAUUUGAUUACCAUUACUACUGAGAUGGUUUACAUCAAACAUAUGGUUACUAAUCUUGGUUUGAAUACUUGGGGUUUCGUUCUGUACAACAAUCUGCUUUCCCUCAUGAUAGCUCCGUUCUUUUCGAUUAUCACUGGCGAAUACUCAGAUGUGUUCAAAGCUUUGUCUUCUUCGAGCGAUGGAAAUUGGUUUGAUAUGAGUGCGUUUAUUGCAGUUUCGCUAUCUUGUGUGUUUGGAUUGCUUAUAAGUUUCUUUGGAUUUGCUGCCAGGAAAGCGAUUACUGCCACUGCGUUUACAGUUACUGGGGUUGUGAAUAAAUUUCUUACGGUUGUGAUUAAUGUGAUGAUUUGGGAUAAGCAUGCGACUCCGUUUGGAUUGGUUUGUCUUCUUUUAACGAUUGCAGGUGGAGUUCUUUAUCAGCAGUCUGUUACUAGUUCUAGCAAUGGUACUCCCAAACAGGGUGAUCCUGCAGCAUCGAAGCUGAUGGGUAAUGAAAAGGUGAGCGAUAGUAAUGAAGAUGACACAGAUGAAGAAAAUGAUGGAUCUGGUAAAGGUUAUGGAGUAUGAUUAGUAGAGAUUGAGUUUUGAAUAAUAAUGUUACUUGGAUGCAUUAUUAUAUAUAGAUAGUAAGAAGUACUCGAUUUAGAACUCUUUUAAACCAUUCCUUCAAGAUUAUUUUCGAAGUUUAAUGACACAUAUGGUUCACGAUUUAUAUGCAUCUUCUAUGAGAUAUGUCUAUUGUAUUCCUAAUAGUUGUAAUGAUAUUUGCCUUUUGCCAUG